AUGACGACGGAAGAAUACGAGUACCGGAGCACAAUAACCCCGCGCGCCUCCUUCAACCGCGCCUCCGGCCAGUUCGGGAGCGACAUCAACCUGGGACCGGGUAAGCCGCGAUGCCCAAGUCUAAAUGGUUUCUUGUAGCGUCGGGGAAUCGCACAAUUCGCGUCGUCACCGAGACCGUCACCAAGAAUAUUGGCAGCGGCGUUUCCUCGCUGGGGUCGGGGCCGGCGUCGGCCGUACGCGAGAAUAAGGAAAGGGAGAGGAAACAGUUGAGCGAGCUCAAUGACUUGUUGGCCAGCUACAUCGAGAAGGUCCGCUUCUUGGAGGCGCAGAACCGCAAGUUGGGAAUGGAUAUUGAGAACAUCAAGAAGAUCGCAAAUCGAGGACCAACCACCAUCAAGACCAUGUAUGAGGUCGAGAUUAGAGUAAGUUCGGGGCAGAAACCCACGACAUUUCUAACUCAAAAUUUAAAAAUUUGAUAUCGUUUUUUUGAUAUUUUUUUCAACCCUUGAAAAAAUUCGGUCUGUCGGGAAAAUAAUGAGCAUAAUGUCGGUCCGUUGAUCGCGUCGCUGAAGUGAAAAGCAAUUUGAUUUUGCGGCGAUACAAUUCAUUUUUUCGGCGGUGAUGCGAUUUUUGAUGCGACUUGCACUCAUAAUUUUCCCGACAGUCUGAUAUUAUCGUUUAUACGGGGAACAUUUUUUAUACUAAAUAUCAUUUUUUCAAUGGCGAAAUUUGCAAAGAUGCGGCCACAAAGCUUAUCUGUUAUGUUUACAUUCUAUUUUUCAUAGCCUAUUGCUGGCAAACGUCAUCUUUGAUAUUUUCAAGUCAUCAUAUAAUAUUUUAGUAGCUCGCAAACCGCAAGUUACCAGUCUGUCGGGAAAAUAAUGAUCAUGAUUUCGCUGUGCCGAUCGCAUCGCUGAAGCAAAAAUCAAUUUGAUUUUGCCGCGACACAGCUCAUUUUCUCGGCGGAGGUGCGAUUUUCGUUGCAACAGUAUGCUUAUUAUUUUCCCGACAGACUGAUAAAGCCUUGGAUAAUGAAAAUUUGGCCUCUGCAGAGACAUGCGAUCAAAAUUUUAACUACAGGGUGGGGCAUUUGUGGCCCGAUUUGAAUUGGCUAUAACUUCUUUAGUUUUGGCUAAAUCUUAAAAUUCUUUUUUUCCCUGAAUCCUCAGACAACCCCAUUUUGUUUGAUACCAAAUAUGUUAUACAUAGGUAAGUGUCAUCCGCAGUUAUUGGAUUUGACCAAAAACUAAAGAAGUUAUAGUCAAUUCAAGUCGGGCCGCAAAGAUGCCCCACCCUGUAUUAAAAUUUGGGCUCUCAGGUUGAUUCCCUGUUUUUUGGUUAAUUACAAAUUUAACUACUCAUCCCAAAACUACUCCAAAUUCCUUACAAAAUUCCGAAAACUUCCGCUCCACAAAAAAAAACUCGUUUUCUUCUGUCUAAUUAAAGCGCCAUGUAACAUUUCCGUUAAUUGCAAAAGCUUCUAAUUGAACCCCAAAAUUCUUUUUUGGUAGUGAAGGAGAAAUAAAAAUAAAUGAAGGGGGAAAUUGUAUUAUAUAUUAUAAUAUUUAUUUAUGCCAACAAAAUUUUCGAAUUAUGAGGCUUUUUUUUGCAAAAAAUUUAACGCCAAAAUACUCCAGGCUUUCUGAUUUGGGGUUGCCGCAAUUUUGUGCAACUUCAGCCGCAUUUUUUGUGAAUGCGACAUCUCAGAGAUUUUGAGUCUGUCGGGAAAAUAAUGAGCUCUAUUAUUUCGCUGUGCCAAUCUCGUCGCUGAGUUGAAAAGAAACUUGAUUUUGGCUCUACAAAACUUGUUUUGAUGCGAUUUUUGAUGCGACAGAGUGCCCAUUAUUUUUCCGACAAACUGAUAACUUGCUGUUUGUAGAAGAUAUGGAGAUUUUUUGAUCAAAAGUUGAAUGAAAAUCCUCAAAAAAUCAUCAAAAACUAGUUGCAAAAAAAAAAAAAAAAUUUCCCUCCUUUGCAGUCCGCUCAAAAAAUCAUCGACGAUGCUGGCAACGAGAAGCGUCAUACCGAAGAGGACUUGCGCCGACUUCAAGACCAAGUCAACGAGCUGCGUCGCAAGUUCGAGCAAGCCGUUAGGGAUCGGGCCGCCGACAGACAAAAGAUCGACGAUCUGUUGGUCGAGCUGUCCAACUUGGAGGCCGAAAUCAACCUCCUGAAGCGUCGUAUCGCCCUGCUUGAGGACGAGCUGAAACGUCUUCGCGCCGAGAACCAACGGCUACAAAACGAGAUCCGCCGCGUUCAAACCAAGAUCGAUCAGGAGCGCCUGACCAAGCUGGACUACCAGAACAAGGUGAAGACUCUGCUCGAGGAGAUCGAGUAUCUGCGCCGCGCGAAUGAGCAGGAAAUUAAGGACCUGCAAGACCAGAUCGGAAGGGAUACCACGAACGAGAAUCGCGCCUACUUUGGAAAUGAGUUGGCCAACGCGAUCCGCGACAUUCGCAAGGAAAUUGAGGACGCUGACAACGCCUUCAAGAACGAUAUGGAUUCGUGGUAUCGCAAGACGAUCCAAGAGUUCGAAACUCAAGCCGCUCGCAACGACAUGGAGCAAGGACAUCUCAAGGAUGAGUUGAAGCGGCUGAAGCAACAGUUGAAUGAUUUGAGAAACAAAAUCGCGGAUGCGGAAGGCCGCAAUGCCUUCUUGCAAAAGCAGUUGGAAGAUCUGAACAACCAGAUCGAGGACGAUCAACGAGGAUACGAAGACGCUCUUAACGCCAAGGACAACGAGUUGAGGAAGCUCCGAGAAGAGUGUCAAGCCUUGAUGGUGGAGUUGCAAAUGCUCUUGGAUGCUAAGCAAACCCUUGACGCUGAAAUCGCAAUCUACCGUAAGAUGCUGGAAGGAGAGGGCGAUGGGCCAGGCCUUCGUCAACUCGUCGAACAAGUGGUCAGGACCACCGGCAUUAACGAAGUCGCCGACACCGAGACUAUGCGCGUGGUGAAGGGCGAGACGAGCAGUCAUCAGUCCUACUCCAGAGCCGCCAAAGGCAACGUCUCGAUUCAGGAGACUUCGCCCGACGGAAAGUUCGUCAUCGUGGAGAACACCCAUCGCAGCAAGGAGGAGAAUGUCAGCGAAUGGAAGCUGAAGAGAAAGAUUGACGGCAAACGAGAGAUUGUGUACACCUUCCCCAAGGACUUUGUGCUUCUUCCCGGAAGAAGUGUGAAGAUCUGGGCCCGCAACCAGGGCGGCAUCCACAACCCUCCCGCUCAACUCAUCUUCGAUGGAGAAGACACCUUCGGCGUUGGCGCCAACAUCCAAACCAUCUUGUAUAACGCGCAAGGAGAGGUGGGAAAUUUUUGGCAAAACAAGAAAUAGAAGUGGCUAUCAGUCUGUCGGGAAAAUAAUGAGCAUUCUGCCGCAGCGAAAAUUGCAUAGCCGCCAAGAAAAUGAGUUGUGUUGCGGCAAAAUCAAGUUGCUUUUCGCUGUAGCGAUGCAAGCGAAAUUAUGCUCAUUAUUUUCCCGACAGACUCAUAGCCCCUUCUAUGAAGGGUCAAAAACAUAAUGUAUAAACUUAUCUUUAGGAGCGCGCCACCCUCAACCAACGCCAAUCCCAGACCAGUCAGACGCAUCAAGCCCAGUAA